UGCAAUCUUCGCUCACUUCCACCUCUCAAAAAACACGUCUUCUGUUAUCUGUUCCUCUUUCAAGCACUCCAAAUCCAAAAUAACCUCUUUGCUUUCUGUCAUACACAACCUUUUCCAUUUUUCUCUCCACAUCUUUCUCCUAUUUUACCCAUUCCCCUCUCCCUCUCUCUCUCUCACCUCACCUCACCAUAAUUCUCUCUCUCUAUAACCGAUUUUCUCUCUCAACACCCUCAAAAACAAACCAAUUCAUCCUCCUAUUUUCUACCUCAUUAUAAUUUUCACUAGAUCCGCAUGCUUUGCUUUCCCUUACGUGCUUGAAUAUUUCCCUCACCUCGUUUUCGUUCCCGUUUUCGUAACCUCUUUAGCUCUAUCUUUCUUCUGAGGGAUAGUUGUGGGGAUUGAUUUUGUUAGAGAGAGUUUCGAGGGGAAGUUCUCCUUUUUUGAUUCAGUUUUUCACUGUCUUCUUUUGGGGGGGUAGCCGGGGCUUUUGCCUCGGCGGGUUUUAAAGCCCCCACGUUCACAAACUAAUUACUUUUCCUCAUUCAAACAAACCCUAUUUAACCUAUUUUUUCGUUCACGGAAGAUAUAGAUAUGCCGGCUUUAACUUGUUUUGUGGAUGGUGCUGCUGCACUCCUACAUCCUCCCGGAUACGCUCUCGCCGGAGAUUUCACUCUUCCGUUGCCGUUCACAUUUUCUGCUGCGGCGACAAUAACCGAUGAUGCUGAUGCCACCGCGGUUGAGGAUUCCAAUUCCAUUUGGUCUCCUUCACUUUCCAGCAAACUGUUCAGAAUUGAUGGCUGGGGCUUUCCCUAUUUUGGUGUUAACGCUGCUGGUGACAUCUCCGUUAGGCCUCAUGGCUCGGCGACGAUGUCUCACCAGGAGAUUGAUUUGCUCAAGGUUGUGAAAAAAGCCUCCGAUCCGAAAUGCUGUGGCGGACUCGGGUUACAGCUGCCUCUUGUUGUUCGGUUUCCUGAUGUUUUGAAGGAUCGUCUUGAGUCCAUUCAUGCGGCUUUUGACGGUGCGAUUCAGUUGCAGGGGUAUGAAUCUCAUUACCAAGGUGUUUAUCCUGUGAAGUGUAACCAGGAUAGGUAUAUUGUGGAGGACAUUGUUGAGUUCGGGUCUUCGUUUCGGUUCGGGUUAGAAGCUGGGUCGAAACCCGAACUGCUUCUGGCUAUGAGCUGUUUGUGUAAAGGCAACAGAGAAGCCUUUCUGGUUUGCAAUGGUUUCAAAGACAGUGAGUAUAUCUCUCUGGCUUUGAUUGCAAGGAAGCUGGCUUUGAACACUGUUAUUGUUCUUGAGCAAGAGGAAGAGCUUGAUAUGGUGGUUGAGAUCAGCAACAAGCUCUGCAUUCGUCCUGUGAUUGGUGUUCGUGCGAAGUUGAAGACCAAACAUUCUGGCCAUUUUGGUGCAACUUCUGGUGAUAAAGGUAAAUUUGGUUUAACUACAAUUCAGAUUUUGCAUGUGGUGAAGAAGCUUGAACAAUUAGAUAUGCUUGAUUGUCUCCAAUUGUUGCAUUUUCAUAUUGGUUCUCAAAUUCCCACAACUGAGUUGCUUGCUGAUGGUGUUAGAGAAGCUUCACAGAUCUAUUGUGAAUUGCUUCGUUUGGGUGCCCAGAUGAAAGUUUUGGAUAUUGGGGGUGGUUUGGGAAUAGAUUACGAUGGUUCAAAGUCUGGUGAUUCUGAUGAAUCUGUUGCUUAUGGUUUAGAAGAGUAUGCAGCUGCUGUUGUUCAUGCUGUGAAAUAUGUAUGUGAUCGUAAGAACGUGAAGCACCCUGUGAUUUGCAGUGAGAGUGGUAGGGCCAUUGUGUCUCAUCAUUCCAUUUUGAUUUUUGAGGCUAGUGGUGCAAGUACAAACACUGCUCCUUCGUUGUCCUCCAUUGAGUUACAGUAUUUAGGCGAAGGGCUCUCUGAAGAAGCACUUGCUGAUUAUCAGAACAUUUCUGCUGCUACCCUUCGCGGUGAAUAUGAAGCAUGCUUGCUCUACACUGAACAAUUCAAGAAACGCUGUGUUGAGGAAUUCAAGCAAGGGACUUUAGGGAUUGAACAGCUUGCUGCAGUGGAUGGUCUGUGUGAUUUGAUAACGGAGACAAUCGGGGUCAAGGAUCCUGUUAAGAAGUACCAUGUGAACCUUUCUGUGUUCACCUCUGUUCCUGAUUUUUGGGGCAUAAAUCAGUUGUUUCCCAUUGUCCCCAUUCACCGUUUGGAUGAGAAACCAACUGCGAGGGGUAUUUUAUCUGACCUGACUUGUGACAGUGAUGGGAAGAUUGACAAGUUCAUUGGCGGUGAGUCAAGCUUGCCGCUUCAUGAAAUGGAAGGACACGGUGGGGGAUACUAUCUAGGAAUGUUCUUGGGCGGGUCUUAUGAGGAGGCGCUUGGUGGGUUGCACAACCUGUUUGGUGGCCCUAGUGUAGUUAGGGUGUUACAGAGCGAUGGUCCACACGGUUUUGCUGUUACGCGGGCAGUUGCUGGAUCGUCUUGUGCAGAUGUCCUUCGAGUGAUGCAGCACGAGCCGCAGCUCAUGUUUGAGACGCUUAAGCACCGGGCACUUGAGUUUUGUGGACAGCAUGAUGAUGACAGUGUGGUGAAUGCAGGGGUGUUGGCAAAUAGUUUAGCUCAAUCCUUUGAUAACAUGCCUUAUCUGGUUUCAUCCACAACCUGUUGCUUGAAUGCUCUCACGAACAAUAAUGGAUUUUACUACUGUUCUGGUGAUGAUUUCAGUGCAGAUACUGUUUCUGUUGCCACUUCUGUUGCUGGAGAAGAUGAGAAUUGGUCUUAUUGAUGUGCUUGAGUAUCGACUUUUCUAGCAUUCCCUUUUCAUUAUGAUGUUGUUGGUUGUUGUCAAGGUGGUCUUUUCUUUAUCAUUCUAUUUUUUUUUUUUUGGUUUAGCAAAGAAUGUUUGAAGAAGCAGCACAGGGUCUUCAUGUGCCUUUGUUUGCAAUUUCGACUUCUUAAUGUUGGAUUUCUGUAGUUUAUUUUCUUUGUUGCCUUGAUUUUUGUGUUUGGAAUAAACCAUUCAACUCCUUGAUUUUUGGUGUGUUGAGAAUAAACAAUUCAACUUCA